GGUGUAAUCUAAUAUGCCGCCUUCACAUGAUCUACACCCGAAACAGGCUUUUCCGUUACAGGCAUAGAAACAGACUUCAGGCAACCAGCAGGGUUCAGGUCCAUGGCUCGCUCAGUGUGGUUGUGUUUGGUUCUCAUUGUCGGCGUCGCUGAAAGUCGAAUUCUUACAAAGGAUUUGUACAGGAUACAGGAUCUGGAGACUCGGGAUGCGUGUGAGCUUCUGGACAGAUUGGACGGGGAUGUGCAGUGCAAAGGAAGUACCUACGAUGCAUUUUCUGUUGCCGGGCACGUAAUCACAAUGGCUGACACGGGGACUGUAUGCCGGGCUAGACAUUCGCUGGAUUUUUUUGCUUGUAAAGGAGGGCUUUGGGUCCAAGUACCAAUCUCCUAUGCUCGGUCGUUAAAACGUCCUGAGGAUCGGCAUCACAGAGAAAAGCGAUUUUUGGAGACUCUUUCAGCUAUAGUUGACAUUGCAUCUGGAAUUGCAAACAUCUUCUGCAUGUUUCUGUGUGAUAGCGGGGAUGGAGGAGAAGAAGGCCCACCGCCAAACACGUUCCCUCAGAUUGACUGUCCGUAUGUUGGGCCGCAGUUUGCCAAGACGGGAGACAAGAUGGUGGUGACCUGGACGGAACCGAAGGGAACGGACAACGAGGAUGGCAGUCUAAGCCCUAGGAGAUCAGGGUUACCUCCUGGAAGUGAGUUCAUUGCGGCCACACACUUUAUCAAGUACCGAGUUGUGGACAGUGGUGGACUGUCCGCAGACUGUGAUAUUGUCUUCACAGUGAACACGAUCCACUGUACCCCCUUUACGUAUGCUGACCAUGGUCGUCUCCAAUGCACCAAGAGGGACAUGUCAGGAUCGGAGUGCACCGUGUACUGUGACGACGGCUACACCGUUGACGGUUCUAACCCCAUCAAGUGUGAAGAAGGGGACUGGUCUCAUCCAGAACCAAGGUGUAAAGCUGUUUCCUGUGGUACACCGCCAAGUGUGGCAAACGGGCAGCUGACGUGUCUGGGGGGGACGUCGUGUACGGCACAUAUCAGUCCACCAUCAUUCACUAAUGGCUGCCCCGAUGACGCUGAAGAUUAUUCUGAAAAGAAGGGCGGGGGGAAAGGUCUGUACUGUCAGGAACCAGAUCUCCAGGAUCCCAUCGACAAGUUGAAGUACGAUUGUCCUGACGGCCACGGCCACGGCUUCAUCUGCUCUCUCUCCUGCAACUCAGGCUACCCCUUGCAGGGACCCGACUCCAUCCUCUGUCAGAAAGACGCCAACGUCUUCCCCCCAACGGCAUCGUGGACGUGGGCCUCGGAUGCAUUUAAGCCCUUUUGCAGAAAAACCGUGUGUGCCGACCUGCCGGUCCCUAAAAAUGGAGCUCUCGUCUAUGACGCCUGGGGUUCUGGUGGCAGGAUGUGCACCAUGCUGUGUAACGAGGCAUACGAUGUGACGAGGGGUGUCCCAGACAUAUACGUCUGUGGAGAACAAACUGGGCAAUGGUUUCCAAGCGACGACGUCCUGGACUGUACAGUGCCCUUUGAUAUAGGUUCCAAUGAAAAUGCUGAGGCUGCAAGAACAAGGUCGGAGAAAGGUUUCGACAAUGUCAUAGGUUCCAUUGACCAAAUGCUUGACAAUGGAGACCUCAGUAUGUCCCAGUAUGGACUGAACACUCAAGAAGACUCCUUCUAUGCAGGAAACGCGGCGCUUGACUGUCCUUUUGGAACUAAAGAAAACUACGAACACAUUUCAUGCUCCGGAUGUCCCACAGGGACGUAUGUAGACCCGGCCUCUGGAGACUGCGUGUCCUGUCCCGUUGGCAGCUAUGCUGAUGAAGGCUUUUCGGAUUCCUGUAAACAGUGUGGCGAGGGGAAGUCGACCAGAUCUACCGCAUCAAGAUCUGUGAACGAUUGUAUCGAUACCUGUACAAAAGGCUCCUUCUCAUUGGACGGCAUGGCACCCUGCACGCCAUGUUCCCCUGGGACGUAUCAAAAUGGUGAAGGGAAGACGUCGUGCACGUCGUGUCCGACCGGUACUACAUCACCGCAAGGAUCUCAAGACGCCAGUGCCUGUGUUGCUUUUGACUUAAAGGUUCGUGCUAACAAGGAGGCUGUGUUCGGUAAUAUCAGCUCGGACCUGAGCGCCCUGACCAUGUAUUUCUGGAGCCGCUCGGACACAAGCCUUGGACACACUCUGACACGCAUUACCGACACUGACGGCAACACCGUCGUCGAGCUCUCCGUCACCAACAGCGUAUCUCUGAAUAUACAAGGAAACCUCCUAGAUACAGGUGUAAACCCUGCAACAAGCUACUGGCAACAUCUGACCUUGACCUUAGAUGGCAGCAACAAGGACCUGGCUCUCUACCUGAAUGGAAACCCGAUUUACUCCGAUAACAUUGCGUCGCUAACAACCCCUAUUGUUCCACGUGACAGCGAGGUUGCCAUUGUAUCAGGAAAUGGAGAUAUUACCUUGAGCGCCAUCAACAUUAUUGAGAGAGUUGCGUCCCUUGGUGAAAUACAGGCUCAGACAACUUCCUGUGUGUCCAUACUACAAGAUUCAGCGUUCACAUUCAUAAAGAAUGGCAGCAGCCUCAUUGUACCAAGUCAAUGUGAUGCUGUUGAUGGCUGUCUUACCAACCCUUGUGGCUCCAACCCCUGCAAGGACGAGCUGGAAGGAUUUACAUGUGACUGUCAAGAUGGCUGGACAGGGGACACGUGUAGCAUCCCACCAGACUACUGCGCACAUGGCGAGUGUCAGAACAGCGCCAUCUGUGAAAACGGAAACGGAAAUUACACGUGCAAGUGCCUGAAGGGUUUCAAGGGGCAACUGUGUCAAGAGCUUGUAGUCAAUGGCAACUGGGGAGAAUGGUCAAAGAUGACAGAGUGUUCAGUGUCUUGUGGAGGCGGAACCAGAUCACGAAGUCGUCGUUGUGACAGCCCGCCACCUGACGAGGGUGGUGACGCUUGUGAUGGCGUUUCUGAAGAGACACAACAAUGUAAUAUAGACGCCUGCCCAGAGUGCCCAACACUGCGUCUGUCCACUGGAAAUGUGAAGAACUGUACAGAGUCUGAGGGCUACACCAGAUGCACUAUCACAUGCCGAGGGGAUAUGGUGUUCUCCCAGAAACCGUUACCUGUGUAUGAGUGUGGUUCUGGCAGUAACUAUGUGUGGAACCACCAGGAACACAAGAGUAACGCCAGACCUCCUGCUUGUCGACCUGCUGAGGGAGCCACCCGUUACGACGUGACCCACACCGUCACAUACCCAGACUUCCCAUGUACCUCUGGUAAUGGUCGAUCCGAUGAAAUCAAGUCCCAAGUUUCUGACAGUGUGAAAGACUUGACCUGCCUCCAGGAGAACAUAUGUACAGCGUCGGUUGAAAUCAACAGCUGCAAUGGGGAUGGAGUGAGCAAGAGGUCAACAACACCCACCGUUGUAUCCGUUCUCAUUUCCACCAUCAUGGGCAGCACGGAAUCUCUUGAUCUCACCGAGUUUGUUGAAAAUAACAUUGUAACUACAGGCCUUACAAACUACCUGAACAAACUGAUGAAGACCGAACUUUCUAUCCAGUCACUUGUCAACAGCAGUAAAACACUAUUGACACUGAGCAUAGAUGGCGCCACCUAUCUGGUAGAUACAGAUUCAAUGUCCACCACGACAGUGACCACCUGUCCUUCUGGAACAACGCCCACAGAGGGUGUCUGUGGACAAUGCCCCGCGGGUUCAAAGGAGGUAAACGGCAAGUGUGAGUUGUGCGAGAAAGGCACUUAUCAACACGAAACAGCUAGCACUUCCUGCCUGAUGUGCCCGUCAGGAACGACAACUCCUGGAGUGGGCGCGGAUGAUGUCAGCCAGUGCAUAGAUUCAGAUGAGAAGAAUGAGAAGGACCCGAAAGAAGAGCAUGAACCUCAGUCGAAGACAACAGCCAUAGUCUUGGGCUGUCUCGGUGCUGCCUGCUUCAUCGUUGUUGGUGUUAUCGUUGUGGCGAUGAAGAAGGGCAACUGCAAAAUCACGAACAGACCAUCAAGACCAUCCACUGCUGGAUCGUUCUACAAGAUGUCCCAUCAUCGUGUGUCGGUAGCUUCCCUCCCGCCGCCCUACUCUAAGAGACCCUCCACUCCGGCCACGCUCUUUGACAUUAACGGUACAAGUUCCACUCCGCCACCCACAGCUCCGCCACCCUACAGUACAAAUAUGACCCCUACAUCGAAGCUCAGUUUAAUCGAAGUAAAGGAAGUCCCAGCAGAGAAAGCGCCAAUAGAUCCUUCCGUCAACAAUUGAAAUGCAACCUAUGAUGAAUCGAACCUACGGUCAAUAGAUUCUUCCGUCGACAAUUGAAACGCAAUUCCAAUAAACAUUCUAACACAGCUAUGAACCUAUUAUGUAUGUUGCUAGGUUCUAAAAUGUUAUAAGCUGCAUUUAGUAAUCAGGCACAUGUGCGCCUUUGUCGUUCGAUAAUGACAAAAUACCUCUUUAGACCACGAGGAACAUGUUAUUGAAACAUGAAAGUUUACAUAUUUAUAAAGAUUAUCAGGUUUAUGUAUCAGGAGUGUGUGCUCCUCUUUUGGUUCAGUCAUUGAUAGUCUAAUACAAUUCAUAUAUAUAUAUAUAUAUUGUUACGUUCUGAGAGUAUGUAGGAAUAAGCUGAUAAGCCUCACAUUCUGUAUUUUGAGUAUAUCUUCUCUUGUGUUCAACUGUAUUUGUAAAACAUGUUCUUUAGAGGUCA